GCCGCGCUGCGACCCAGCCUCCGUUCGAGCUGCGUGCGCGUGCACCGCCACCGAGCCGAACCAGCUGUCGCCUGUCGCCGGGCUCGGACCCGAGUCAAGCGAGUCAAGCCUUCCGGUGCGGCUGCGGCUGGCCUCGCGUACGGCCGCCACGUGGCCUCGCCGUAUCAAUCACGAGAAGGGGAGAAAAGUGGGGCGUUGCCCAGAAACCCCAGCUGCUUGCUCGCCGCGCGCUCUCUUCUCGCCGCCUCGGCCUCGCCGCCGUGGCCGCCGGUGCCUGGACGAGGAGGAGGGCUGGAUCGCUGGGAGAUGUUGAGCAGCGGCGCGCGGUGGCAGCCGCGGCGAAGCGGAUGGGCGGAGUGGGGCGGCGACGCUCGCCCGGCUCGCUCUCCUCCUCCUCGUCGUCGUCGUCCCGACGUCGCUGCGGGUUGGCGAGGCGAGGGGACCAGUAGAGUGCGGGGGCGCGGGGAGAAGGGAACGACUCAUGGUGGAGCGGAAGGCGAGGGCGCGGUGGUGGCGCCGGUGAGAACAGCGGACGCGGUGCCGGCGAGAAAUGCGGUGGCCGUCGCCGGUGGUUUGGCCACGCGCGGCGUCGAGCGGGAUGCUGGCCAGGUGGUGGCGAGAGAGGAGAAGAGACAUGGCGGCGAGUUGGGGACCAAGAGAGGAUUGGAGGAGCGGGCCGCGCGUUCGCCGCCGCCGCCGCCGCCGCCCAAGCGGAGGGCGGUGUCCGCUAUUCGCCAGUUUCCCCCAGGUUGCGGAAGGGACGCUGCUGCUCCAGUCGCCCGCGGCCGCGGUUGUGAUGGUGGUGUUCGUCUGUUGGAUGAGGCAACCGCUGCUCCUCUCGCUGGCAGCAAAGAUGAUUCUGCUGUUCCGGGUGUGGUGGAGAAGGUGGCGUCUGUAGAUGGUGGCGAUUCAAUGGCGAAUGCGCAUCAUCAUCAUCAUGCUAUGAUGGACACGGUCUUGAUGAAAUCUUCACAUGUUUCGGAUGAGAAUCAGGUCGCUCGCAAAGUUGGUUCACUGGAAAAUGGCGCAGAAGGGUCAGCGAGGGGAAAGGGAGGACACGGCGGUGAAUUGCUGGGAAGGAAGGAAGUGUUGGCUCAAGCCGCGAAUUUGCUUCCCAAGAGGAGGAUUGUAUCUGCGACGCGCCGCUUCCCUCCUGGGUGUGGGAGGGACGCUGUGGCUCCACUUGCUCACAGAGAAGAGAGUAAGGUAGGUUCAAGUUUGGAAGCCAUGCCUGUUGAUGCUGGUUGGGGUGUGUCAAAGGAGGUGGUGACUACGGAUGGCCGUAAUAAUUCGGUUAACCAGUGUGCCUCGAACAUUGUCGGAACAGUAAAGUGCCAGGAAUUGGAGGAGGGUGAGGUAGCUGCUGAGGCAUGCUGUGAUGUGGAGUCACAAAAAGUUGCUGGUCAUGGAGAAAAACUUGAAAGUGCUGUUCCUGUAACUUCUGCUGUUACUGAAGUUUUGACAAGGUGUGGUUCUGAUGAGAUGGAAGGGUGUAGUUAUGCUGCGGAGGCAACUGAAAAACACUUGUCAAUGGGUGGUAAAUGUUCAAUUGGUGGUCCUUUCAAUGAAAUUGUCCACGGCAAGAGAGUGUUGGGGAGUGAUGGCAUUAAAAGGGAAGUUCCUAGUCUUGCAAUGGAAGAUCAUGGCAGCAUUGCUCAUGACCAAGAACUGGUGGAGGUUGAGUUAACUACAGGGGACCAUAUUCAGGAGGCUCAAGUUGCUACCACUGUUAACCCACAUGAGUCUACAAUUAGUAGACAUGAGGCAGCUGUUUCAGCAAAUACUGCUCCAGAAGUUUCUAUUAGGCAUUUUUCUAGUGUGAAGAACGGAAACACAUCACAGCAUGAGGAGACGAUAUAUGCAUCUGCAGCUGCUGACGUUGUUAAGGUGAUGAAUAAAUGCAAAGGGACCAAAUCCAAAGCUGCGGCUGAACCUUGGGCUGAAGGUCCUUCCAAAGAACACUUCAAGGCUAAGAGGGAGUGUGAAAAAGAUGGGAUGAAAAAAUCAUCCAUGAAUGUUCCAACAGAAGUAUUUCGUGAUGGUAUCAUGAGAACUAAGUUACUAUUGACAGCUAGAAAAGCAGUCAAGCCACCACUGAAUACUCUGCAUAUACCCUUCUCCAUGGGAAAAGAGGAGUCUGUUGUAACAAAUAGUGCAUCAUUUGGUCCUAAGAAGAAGGUGAAGGUGAAAAGCCCGCAUGAAAGUAAAGGUAUUCCUAUGAAGAUUGUCUCUACAUCUGGAUUGGCGGGCAAGGACAACCUUAUCAAUGAAAAGGCUUUGAGCUUGGAAGAUGAUGAUAUUUUGAAGGCACUAGCUGUUCAUAAUGGAAAGCUAGAGUUGUAUCUCAAUGUUCCCUCAUGCGUUGAGCGUCACAGGCAACAUGGAAGUGAGAAUGGCAAUGAUAGGAGCAAAAUCAGGAUGCUAUGCAGGAGGUUUCAAUUUAUAUGCAACGCUCUUCUACAUGCUGUUGAACAAGGCUCAUUGAUGGUUCGACGAAUUGACCUUGAAGCUGAUAAAAUCAUCAGGAAAUUGCCGGGCUUUACUAAACAUGGACCUACUGUGGGAAAUGUUCGUGGAGUCGAAGUCGGUGACGAAUUUCUGUACAGAGUUGAGCUAGCUCUUGUUGGUCUUCAUCGCCCAUACCAGGGAGGAAUUGAUACCACCGAUCAUAAUGGAGUGCUUGUUGCAAUAAGCAUCGUUGCUUCUGGAGGUUAUCCCGAUGAAUUGUCAAGCUCAGGUGAACUGAUAUAUACUGGUUCUGGAGGAAAGCCUGCUGGUAAGGAGAAACACGAGGAUCAAAAGCUAGGGAGGGGGAACCUUGCCUUGAAAAAUUGCAUCAAGACAAAGACACCUGUCCGAGUGAUUCAUGGAUUCAAAGGUCAAAAUAGAGAGGACGUCAGUCAUUCAAGAGCUAAACAAAUCUUAACAUUUACUUAUGAUGGGUUGUAUCUUGUGUUGGAUUGCUGGAGAGAAGGUCUAAAAGGUUCAAGGGUCUUGAAAUACAAAUUACAAAAGAUUCCUGGACAACCAAAACUUCCUCUGCACAUAGCUAAAUAUCAGAACACUAGGCUGGGAUCCCAAGGAUGGUGAGAACCAUCUUGAUGUAGUGCUUAGAUCAUUGCUCUUGAUUGCCCUUGUCGAACUCGGACAUGAAGAGACUAUAAAUGAGGGAGUUAGGCGGUUCCAUAUCUUCUUAAAAGACAGCAAAACUAACCUUCUUCCACCAGACACUAGAAAAGUUCAGAUUUUUUCUUAACAUACCGCUAUAGUGUCACGUCUUUGGUAUCUAGUGUACUAAUAUAUGUAUUGAUCUGCAGGCUUCAUAUCUUUCUAUGAUGCAGACUGUUACUACCUCCAGCAGAGGUGGUAAUGGUGCUCUCCUUAAAAUCUACAGAGAAACUGCUGAAGCACUGGAGAAGUCAGUCAAGUCACGCAUUUUAGGACUGUACAUUGUCUUCAUGCCCAGCUAAGGAUAUUGUUCUUGAGGCACCAAACUUCAUGGUCACUGAUGAGUGAUGAGGUUAAGCUCUAAAUUUCUGAACAAACGAUGAUUCAAGACAGUAAAUGGUGGAAUGAGAUUCUAUUCUACACCAUGGAUACAUAAGCCAGUCUAGUCUCUCUCUUGCUUGCCAGGCCUGAUUCUGGAGUUCAGAGCAAGUUGGAUAUCUGUGACCAUGAGUCCCCAUCUAUGCAUGAUGCAGGAAAACCGGUUCAUGUCUUGAAGACCUGGCCAUCAAAUUCACUACUAUCAGACUUCGUCAAUUUCUCGGGUCACCACGGAGGAGAAAGCUACUGAAUUUUCCGAGUUCUUCGCCGGUGAAGGGUUCAAACCAUCGUUCGAGCGUGUGCUGAAGCAAAGCCUGGAGAGGGUCCGGAUCAGCCCGAGAUGGAUCGAGAGCAUCAGGCCUUGCUCGUACAGUGCAUGAGCUGCAGCAGCAGGAAAUGUAACUUUCUGGGCUAAGCUAGAAGAUUUUACACGCAUGGAAGUUCGUACAAAAAUGUUCUUGGAAAGGUUGUGCGGUUGGGCCAGGUGUGGCCACUACUAAAAAAAACCUAGAUAGGUGCUCAACCGGCACCUAGCAAGCAGGCGGCACAUAUGAGAGAAAUGAAAGGACCGGCACCUUUGAGGUCCCAAAAAUUCAGAAAAAAAACAGCUGUCGAGCCAAUGCAUCGAGGCAUCGAGCUCUCAAUCAUCCAUGA